CGGCUCCGGGACACACGGACCCGCGGCGGGGCUCCGAGACACACGGGCCCGCGGCUCCGGGACACACGGGCCCGCGGCUCCGGGACACACGGACCCGCGGCUCCGGGACACACGGACCCACGGCGGGGCUCGGGCAGGGCUGUUUUGCCGCAGCCGCCCCGGCAGCAGGGCGGAUCGCACCCCCGUGCCCGGCUUCGCCCGCGCUCUCCGCCCGCCCGGGCGGCGAUGGAGCAGGGACGGCGCCGGGCUGGUGGCUCCGGGGAUCCUCGGCUCUGCCUCGGCGCUGAGGUGUGCUGACCAUGCUGCUGCUGAUCCCGCCCGUCUCCGAGACCGCAGAGGAGGAGCAGAUUUAGGGUUUGCUCUGCCGCAUCCAUGGAGCCCGACCCCCAUGCCAGCAUGCAGGUGGGGAUGAGGGUAGUCCGUGGCGUGGACUGGAAGUGGGGCAGCCAGGACAGCGGCGAGGGCAACGUGGGCACCGUGGUGGAGAUCGGCCGCGCGGGCAGCCCCACCACGCCCGACAAGACCGUGGUGGUGCAGUGGGAUCAGGGCAACAGGACCAACUACCGCACGGGCUUCCAGGGCGCCUACGACCUGCUGCUCUACGACAACGCCCAGAUCGGUGUCCGUCACCCCAACAUCAUCUGCGACUGCUGCAAGAAGCACGGGAUCCGAGGCAUGAGGUGGAAAUGCAAAAUGUGCUUUGACUACGACCUGUGCACCCAGUGCUACAUGAACAACAAGCACGACCUGUCCCACUCCUUCGAGCGCUACGAGACCGCUCACUCCCAGCCGGUCCUCGUCAGCCCUCGGCAGAAUCUGACUCGCAUCACGUUAAAAGGGACUUUCCAGGGGGCUAAAGUGGUCCGUGGGCCUGACUGGGAGUGGGGUAACCAGGAUGGGGGUGAGGGCAAGACCGGCCGCGUGGUCGAUAUCCGGGGCUGGGACGUGGAGACCGGCCGCAGCGUCGCCAGCGUCACCUGGGCAGAUGGAACCACCAACGUCUACAGGGUGGGCCACAAGGGAAAAGUGGACCUCAAAUGUACUGUGGAGGCUUCUGGGGGCUUCUACUACAAGGAGCACCUCCCAAAAUUAGGGAAGCCAGCUGAGCUGCAGAGGAAGGAGAGCACGGACAGACAUCCCUUCCAGCACGGGGACAAGGUCAAGUGCCUGCUGGACAUCGACAUCCUGCGGGAGAUGCAGGAGGGCCACGGAGGCUGGAACCCCAAAAUGGCUGAGUUCAUUGGGCAGACGGGGACCGUGCACAGGAUCACGGACAGGGGGGACGUGAGGGUCCAGUUCAACAGUGAGACCCGCUGGACCUUCCACCCUGGAGCCCUGACCAAGCUCAACACCUUUUGGGUUGGUGAUGUGGUCCGGGUGAUAGAUGAUAUGGAAACAGUGAAGAGGUUCCAACCUGGUCAUGGGGAGUGGACAGAUGAGAUGGCACCUACCCUAGGGCACAUUGGGAAGGUGAUCAAGGUCUACGGGGACGGAGAUCUGCGAGUGUCAGUGGGGGGACAGUCCUGGACCUUCAACCCUGCCUGCCUGACAGCCUACCAGAGGGAGGAGGAGGCCAACCUGAUGACCACGGAGAGUGCCAAGGAGCCCAAAAGUACUUUGGUGACUGUCCUGGAGAAGCUGCUGUCCCAGAGGACAGAGUCAGAGCAUGCAGGGUGCCUGGUCAUUUGUGCAGCCCUCAACAACGCAGCCAAAGUCCGGGAGCUCCUCCAGAAAUACCCAGACAAGGUGGAUGCCAAGAACCAGGGCAGGACUGCCCUGCAGAUUGCCUCUUACCAGGGGCACCUGGAGGUGGUGAAGACGCUGCUGCAGGCGCAUGCCAGCGUGGACCUGCGUGACGACGAGGGGGACACGGCGCUGCACUACGCAGCCUUUGGGAACCAAGCUGAAGUUGCCCGUGUGCUGCUGGCCAAGGGGGCCAGUGCAGACCUGCUGAACAAUGCCAAGUGCACAGCGCUGAACGUCGCCGUCAGCCAGGGCUUCACCGAGGUGGUCCGAGCCCUCUGCCAGCUCAGCUGUGAUGUCAACCUCCCAGAUUCCCAGGGAGACACCCCCCUGCAUUAUGCUAUCACCCUGGACCACAAAGUCCUGAUUGAGAUCCUCACGGAAGUUCCCAACAUCGAUUUCACUGUCCAGAACUGUCAAGGCUUCAACCUGCUCCACUAUGCUGCCCUGAAAGGCAACAAGCUAGCCACCAAGAAGAUUCUGGCCAGGGCUCGGCAGCUGGUGGACUCCAAAAAGGAAGAUGGAUUCACUGCCCUGCACCUUGCUGCUCUCAAUAACCACAUGGAAGUGGCUGAAAUUCUCAUCAAAGAGGGCCGCUGCGAGCUGAACGUGAGGAACAGCCGGCGGCAGAGCCCGCUGCACCUGGCCGUGAUCCAGGGCCACGUGGGCAUGGUGCAGCUGCUGGUGCAGCGCGGCAGCGACGUCAACGCCGAGGACGAGGACGGCGACACGGCCAUGCACAUGGCGCUGGAGCGGCAGCAGCUGCUGGCGCUGGCGCUGCAGAAACGCGGCGGCGACACGGGAGCGGCGCUGCUGGCCAAGCUGCAGGCGUCUGGCUUCCUGGGAAAUGUGGAGCUGAACGUUGGGACUGCCAUUGCCUGCUACUUAGCACAAGAAGGAGCAGAUAUUAAUUAUGCAAAUCAUCGGGGAAAGUCUCCUUUGGACCUCAUCACAGAUGGAAGAAUCGUCCAGAUUGUCAAAGACUUCUCCCAGAAAUUCAGGGAUCAGCAGGUUUCCUCUGACAGCUCCACCAUCACCUGCAGCCUUCGCCGUGUGCACACCACGCCCAACACCAUGACCAACCUCAGCGUCUCCAGCGUGGCAGUGCCCACAGAGUGCCUGGUGUGCUCAGAGCUGGCCUUGCUCAUCCACUUCUUCCCAUGCCAGCACAGUAUUGUGUGUGAAGAAUGCUCCAGGAGGAUGAAGAAGUGCAUCAAAUGUCAAGUGACAAUAACCAAAAAGCUGAAACAAGACAGCACGGAGGUGCAGUGCAGCCCCAGCUCGGAGGGCACGGAGCAGAGGAAGCUGAUGGAGGAGCUGCAGAGCCGCUACCGGCAGAUGGAGGAGAGGAUCACCUGCCCCAUCUGCAUCGACGACCAGAUCAAGCUGGUGUUCCAGUGCGGGCACGGCUCGUGCCCAGACUGCAGCACGGCGCUGACCGUGUGCCCCAUCUGCCGCCAGGCCAUCCGCGAGAGGAUCCACAUCUUCGUGUGAGCCCCGCCGCCCUCCCGCGCUCCUCGGGCCCUGCGAGGCGAGGGAAGCGCUGCAGGGAUGUGCCACGGGAGGAGGAGGAGGAGGAGGAGGAAGAGGAGUCCCCUCUGGGGUGUCCCAGGGAAGGGACAGCCACUCCCUCGUCUGUGCUGCUCAUCCACCGCCACCACCGGACUGA